GCUUUACAGCCGCCAUUUUGACAUUUACGUUGUAUACAUAACUUGCGCUUGUGGCGUUUUUCUCAAAGUUUUAACCAGAUUUUCCGACUGAUUUGAUGCAAACGCGGUUUGAAUGCUAAUUGGACAUAUGGUUUGUUCGGUAGUCAUGGUUGAAGUGUAUCAUGUCUUUUAAUUAGACUUUUAUUUACGAUUGAAAUUAGCGUUGGUUAGAUGUGAUUUGAAUUGUACGUGGUUUUUUCACUGGGUUAUUUGGAAAAUGUCGGAGAUUGUCUACCCGCCAGGUUGUCGUCCGAUUACGGAUGAUUUGGGAUUGGACGAACUAAUUAGAAGGUUAAAAAGCCUUGCUCACACUUUGCAAGCGAUGGGACAAGAUGAGGGAGCUUAUCAACAAUAUAUACCGUUAGCUUUACAUCUCGCUGAAGAGCAAUUUCUUCAACACUCCUCGAGGGAUGUUCAAUUGCUUAUUGCUUGUUGUAUCGCGGACGUUUUGAGAGUGUACGCCCCAGAAGCGCCAUAUAAAGAUACAAAUCAAGUUAAAACAAUAUUUCUGUUUCUUAUAACACAGCUAUCCGGGUUAAAAGAUCCCAAAGAUGCUGUGUUUAAACGUUAUUUUUAUUUAUUAGAGAGUUUGGCAUAUGUUAAAUCGUUUAACAUGUGUUUUGAAUUAGAAGAUUGUCAAGAAAUUUUCUGUGCUUUAUUUCAAUUGAUGUUUAAAAUCGUGAAUGAUGAACAUUCGGGUCGCGUUAAGAGUUUUAUGCUUGACGUUUUGUGUCCCUUAAUAUCUGAAAGUGAUAUUGUCAGUAAUGAGCUUUUGGAUAUAAUUUUAAUGAAUAUCGUUGAUCCAAAUAAAACCCAACGCAAAAACGCUUACUUAUUAGCGAAAGAACUUGUUAUAAAAACAGCACCCAAUUUGGAAGCUCACAUACAAGCUUUCUUUAAUCAAGUAUUAAUAUUGUGCAAAGAGGACAAAAAUCUACAAAUGUACUCUAAAGUAUAUGAUUUGAUAUACGAAUUAAACCAUAUUUGUCCUCAAGUUCUAACUUCGGUUUUACCUCAGCUCGAAUGCAAAUUAAAAAGUCCAUUGCAAAACGAAAGAUUGGGGGCCGUGGCUUUAUUGGCGCGAAUGUUUAGCGAAAAAGAUUCGGAACUAGCAAAGAGACACUCUGGACUUUGGCGAGCUUUUCUUGGACGUUUUAACGAUAUUAACGAAGCGAUACGAACUAAAUGUGUUCAAUACUCUAUGCAUUUUUUAUUGAACCACCCCGAUUUAAGAAAAGAUAUUACAGAGACGCUAAAAAUGCGUCAACAUGACUCCGAGGAGAACGUUCGAUACGAAGUCGUUAUGGCUAUCGUUACAACCGCGCGACGCGAUUUUCAAGUUGUCUCAGAUUCCGAAGAUCUCUUAGAGUUUGUUAAGGAGCGUACUUUAGAUAAAAAGUUUAAAAUUCGUAAGGAAGCCAUGUCUGGAUUAGCGAUGAUUUAUAAAAAACAUUUAAGCGAUCCCGACGUUCCAAAUGCGACGAAAAAAGCUGUUACAUGGAUAAAAGACAAAAUACUUAACGGUUAUUACAUGGCCGGAAUGGAAGAUAAAUUAUUAGUUGAAAGAUUAUUAAAUACUUGUUUAGUACCUUAUCAACUGCCAUCCGGAGAAAGAAUGCGAAAGUUAUAUCAUCUUUUGGGCACUGUGGACGAUCACGCCACAAAAGCUUUCAUCGAACUCCAAAAAAAUCAAUUAUGCGUCAGAAAAUUAGUUUUUGAGUGGUUGGAAUUGCAUCGUCGCGAAUCAACUCCUGCAGUUCAAAAAGAACUUUCGGUUAAAGUCCAAGCUCUAUCGCGUUGUCUCCCGGAACCAGUAAAAGCCCAUGAAUUCCUCUCAAAAUUCAGUAGUCACAUGAAGAAAGAUUCUGCUCUUUUGGAUUCAAUGGAAACCGUUUCAAGACCGUCCGUUAGUUGUCACGAAUGUUCUUAUGCUAUCGCGGCGGUUUUAAAAAAACUCGGACAACCAGUUAUGACCAAUUUAUAUUACAAUACGGUCAAAAUGCUUCUGGAGCGCGUCAGCUCGGUUAUGAUUGAUCACGAAACUAUUCGAAUCCUGAUUGGAUAUGUGGAGGAUUGCUUGCGCGGCGGCAACACUAUUGAGGAGGUUGGCUUACAUCCUGCCACAGCUGGAGAUCGUGGGCUCAAACUCCUAGUAAUGCUGAGUUGCGUUUUUGCACCACACUUUCAUCAUCAGGAUGUGUUAGAACAACUUAUGGAAUUAUUACAAUUGGAAGAUUGUUCUGUUGCGCCAUUAGUUCUUUCCGUUUUUACAUUUCUUGGAAGAUAUAAGUGUUUAUAUGAACAAUUUCCAGAUUUAAUGGAUCAGUUGGCACCAAUUUGUAAAAAUUUCGCUGAAUCAGGCACUCCAAAACAGGCAAAAGGGGCGAUACGUUGCAUAUUUGUAAACAUGCCCGAACUACACGAUUCUCUUUUCCCAGCGAUUCUUGAAACAGCUAAAACUAACCUCUGUCCUGAUAAACCUAAUUAUCGUACCGCUAUAGUCACCUUAGGCCACAUAGCUUUCAAUGUUCCCGAAAAAUGCAAAGUGCAAAUCAAAAACAUCGUCUCAAGAAAGAUUGUUAAAGAGUUACUGGUAAAAGAAGCACGUCAAACGGAAAACAAUAAUCACGAUUCCGAGCAAUGGUGUCCUGAAGAGGAGCUCCCGGAAGAAACUCGUUGUAAGAUUGAAGGAUUGAAAGCGAUGGCGAGAUGGUUGUUGGGUUUGAAACAAGAUACGGCGUCCGCACAGAAAACUUUUCGGAUGUUGAACGCGUUUAUUGCGCAUAAAGGUGAUUUGUUGCAAAGCGGAAGAUUAUCUCAAGCUGAAAUGUCUUGGUUAAGAUUAUCUGCUGGUUGUGCUAUGUUAAAAGUUUGCGAACAGAAGGGUGUUGGUGAUCAAUACACAGUCGAACAAUUCUAUAACCUCUCUCAAUUAAUGUGUGAUGAAGUAAAACAAGUUCGAGAAAUUUUUUCAUCAAAACUUCAUAAAGGUUUAGGACGAGGUUUACCAAAUAAAUGUCUCCCAUUAGAUUUUAUGGGUUAUUACGCUCUAGCAGGAAAAGAACCAGAUAGCCGGCUACGUACCCAAAUUAAAAAUAACAUGAUUACGGAUAUAAAUAAACGAAGAGAUUACGUGAAAACGUUAACGAUGGGUGGAGGACAAGUAGAUAAAGCUAUGAGUCAACUUCCCCAUAUAUUACCUGAUUAUAUGUUAGCUUUUGCCAUACCAGUUUUGGGCCACGAUCCGGGACUUUCCCGUUGGGAUGACGUUGCGGAUUUAACUCGCGCCAAACAAUGUCUUUGGUUCAUUUUGGAACCUCUCGUCACCAAAACAGAAUAUUUUAGCUAUGGAUUUUAUAAAAACUUAAUCGAACGGAUGAAAAAUCACAAGGAUGCUUUGAGACCUGACGAUGAUAGUAUUAAUUAUAAAUUAUGGGCACUCUGUGAUUUGUCUUCCGGUUUACUUUUAACGAAAACCGUUAAUUACGACAUGAAAAAUUUCCCGACGGACACAAGAGUUCCAACAAUGUACUGGGUUCCUCAAGUCGAUCUGAGCAAUUCUCGAGUGUUUCUGCCACCUGAAUUGCAGUACCAACCAAAUAAGAAAGGAAUUACGCUGUCGAUGGUGAACGCGGAUCGUUUGAAAAAGGUGAAAAGCAAAAUGCGUUCGGAAGGCUGCGGCCCGCUUGGAACCGAUGUAAAACCUGCUACUAAGGGAAUUGAUGCCCAGCCGUUUGAAGCAUCAGAAACGAAAAUUCACCUUCCUGGUUUAGAAGAAGAAAUUGACGAACCUUCACCGAAAAGAUUACGAAUGCGAAUCGACAUAGAUAAGUGACCAAAUGUAUAUACAUCGUGAAUUUUUCCUACAUUUUCAGAAAGAAGAAAAGAAUCCUGCUGAAGUGGUCAAAGUUUUUUUUUUUAAUCUUAAGCGGAUGAAUAUUGAUGAUAAGUUUUUACUUUAAGUACCUCUUUUACAUUGUUGAUGUUAAAAAAUUAUACAAAAUGAUGUCUUUUUCUUUUUGAAUAGGUAUUUUUUAUGAUGUAAAAAUUCAUAUUGCGUAAAGAUUGAUAUAAUUUCUACGUUUUUAUUUAUUUUUUUGUUCAGUCGCCGUUCUUCUCUUCCUCGUCCUAUUUCCUUGUCUCCGGUCCUUAUUCGGAAAACCUUGUAAAUAAUUAAUAACAAGAUUGCCUAUAAAGUACACGUAGGUUUAUAUUGUUAAUGGUUAAAGCGGACGGUAAAAUUGAAUUUUUAAAGAAUACGAGAAAAUAAUAACGAAUGGUGUCUAAAAUAUUUUUUUUGAGAUAAAAUAAAAACCGAGUACUGGUCGAGAUAUCAUUGUUACAAUGAGAAUAGGAGCUAGUUAUUAACUACACACCACCACACACAACAUUCUGGUAAAAAUUACUUUAAUCUUUUAUAACAUUUAUUACUACUUUUAGAGAAAUAAAGAUAUUUUACAAAUUUA